AUGACGCUCCUCGAGCUCAAAGAAGACAGGCCGACGCCAAAGGCCGUCUACAACUGGCGAGUCUAUGCCUGCGCCGCUGUCGCUUCCUUCGCGUCAUGCAUGAUCGGCUACGACUCGGCCUUCAUCGGCACCACCCUCGCCCUUCCCUCCUUCACCGAGGAGUUUGACUUUGCCUCGUACGACAAGGACGCCCUCGCCCUGCUCCAGUCCAACAUCGUCUCGGUCUACCAAGCAGGGGCCUUCUUCGGCAGCCUCUUCGCCUAUGUCACUAGCCACUUCCUCGGCCGGCGCAAGUCGCUGUUCGUCUUUUCCAGCGUCUUCCUCGUCGGCGCCGGCAUCAUGCUUGCGGCAAACGCCGAGAGGGGGCUGGGCCCGAUCCUCGCCGGCCGCGUCCUGGCUGGUGUCGGCGUCGGCGGUGCCUCCAACAUGGUGCCCAUCUACAUCUCGGAGCUGGCACCCCCGGCCGUCCGUGGCCGUCUAGUCGGCAUCUACGAGCUCGGCUGGCAGAUUGGCGGCCUGGUAGGCUUCUGGAUCAACUACGGCGUCAACACGACGCUCGCGCCCACCCGGUCCCAAUGGCUCAUCCCCUUCGCUGUUCAGCUCAUCCCUGGCGGGCUGUUGUUCCUCGGCCUGUUCUGGAUCAAAGAGUCGCCGAGGUGGCUCUUUGCCAACGGCAGGAGGGAGGAGGCCAUGAAAAUCCUCUGCUGGAUACGCAACCUCGAACCCACCGACCACGGUUCGAGAGAGAAGUCGGCAAGGGCUUCUGGAAGCCAUUCCUCGCGCUCAAGCAGCGGAAAGGUUCAGUGGCGCUUCUUCCUUGGCGGCAUGCUCUUUCUCCUCCAGAACGCCAGUGGUAUCAACUCGAUCAACUACUACAGCCCGACCGUGUUCCGGAGCAUCGGGAUCACGGGCACCAACACCGGGUUCUUGACGACGGGCCUCUUCGGCGUCGUCAAGACCGUCCUCACAAUCAUCUGGCUGCUCUGGCUCGUGGACCACGUGGGGCGGCGCGGUAUGCUCUUCGUCGGCGCGGCGGGCGGCUCCCUGUGCAUGUGGUUCAUCGGCGCCUACAUCAAGAUCGCGGACCCCUCUUCAAACCAAGACGGCGGCGGCAGCAUGUCCGGCGGGGGCAUCGCGGCCGUCUUCUUCUUCUACCUCUGGACGGCCUUCUACACGCCGUCGUGGAACGGCACGCCGUGGGUGGUCAACUCGGAGAUGUUUGACCAGAACACGCGCUCGCUGGGCCAGGCGUCGGCCUCGGCCAAUAACUGGUUCUGGAACUUUAUCAUCUCGCGCUUCACCCCGCAGAUGUUCCUCAAGAUGGAGUACGGCGUCUACUUCUUCUUUGCGUCGCUGAUGCUCUUGUCUAUCAUCUUUGUCUAUUACCUGAUUCCCGAGACCAAGUCGAUCCCGUUGGAGUCCAUGGACCGUCUGUUUGAGAUCAAGCCCGUGUGCAAGGCCAACAAGCAGCUCAUGGAGGAGCUUGGUGCCCAUAGCGCUGAGGACGCUUCGUUGUCGGCGGAUGAGAAGGCGAAGCAGCGCCAUUUGGAGAGGACGGAGAGCGUCUAG